AUGCACUUACCCCAACUAUUCGCAUAUCUGCUUCCACUCUGCCUCUCGGCAGCGGCAACCCACCUCUCGGCCCCUUCCGGCCCCUACAACGUUGGCUUCACCCAGCACAUCUUCAACCACACCACGCCCAAUGAUCCUACCCCUGGUCCGGGCAACAUCUUUCUAACCUCGAUCUACUACCCCACGCGCUCGGUCCCUUCACCCAACACCAGCGUCGCUUACUUCGAUGCCACCUCGGCCGCCAUCUGGGGCGACGUCUUCAACAUCUUACCCUCUCAUCUACUCUCCCUUGAGACGACGCUACAAUGGCAAGCCCCCCUCCUAUCCGACAAAGAAGACGUUGAGAAAAUCAAGAAUUGGCCGACCCUCGUCUUCGGCCCUGGCGGGGGCAUGAACGCCGGAUACUUUACCUCUCUGCUGAGCGACCUCGCGUCACAAGGGUACACGGUCCUUGCACUAGACCACCCAGGCGAGGCACCGUACCUUCCCCUUCCUUAUGGUAACCCCGGCGUGGUAGGCUGGGACAUCUACAUGCCGUACACUGACAGCCUGAUUGUGGAGAUGUACGAGUACCGACGUGCGGAGAUGGUGGCUUUGCUUGGACCGGAUGGCUUCCCUGCGUUGGUGGAGUUGUACGGUGCGUAUUUCAACACGCAGCAGUACGGCGCAUUCGGUCAUAGUAUCGGUGCGGCGACGGCAACGGGUGCGAUGGAUGGGCUUGACAGUAUCGUCGCGGGGUUCAACAUCGACGGCGGAUUGUUUGGGGAUAGCGUAAAUGCCAGUCUGAAGGGGCGCCCGUACUUCAUGACGAUGAAUCCGAAUCACUUCGCGUCGGACCCCGAUACGUGGAUCUCUUUCGCGGAGAGAUAUGCGAACGAGUCGAAGACGGAGGGCGGGUGGCUGGAUUGGACGACUGUGGAGGGCAGCGCGCAUUUGGCGUUUAGUGACAUCUCGCUUUGGGUGGAGUUAUUGCCGAAGAUUGAGAAUGCGACGGAGAAGGUGGACCUGGGGAACGUGUCGGGUACGAGGAUGGACGAGAUUCUGAAGACGUAUGUUGUGUCUUUCUUUGAGUGGGUUACGUGUGGAAGGUACGACGAGAAGUUGUUGGAUGGGGAGGUAGAGGCAUGGCCCGAGGUUGUUUUCAACGCGAAGGUGAGGUCGGAUGGGCAUGGGACCGAUGGGCAGAAUCUUGGAGAGGGUCACGCAUAA